GGAGAAUCCUUCAACGCCGAGAAAGAAAGAAAAACAUCAAAGUCCCUGCUCCAGACCAAACACAACUUCCUGGUCAUACAUAGAACAAAAAUCGAACACUUAUUGAGCUCCGAUAGAUAGAUAGAUAGAGGCCCUCAUUGCGUUUCAGAAAUCUUCUCCGUCCCGCUCCUCGAUCGAUCGACGUCAUCAUCAGUCUUAUCGAUUGACCCAGCCCUACCUAGACUCCAGUGCACACAUUCGAAUCCUAUGGCUGGCCCCACCACUACCGAUCAGCCCGUCCCCCCGACCUCGACAACGAAUACCACUCGUGUCAUCCCCGGACUUUCCUCUCAACCACCCAACAACCCGGCUUCCAAGCGCUCCCGUAAAAAGAAAACUGGCUCAAAAGUCGAUGACACCACCAAGGCCGUCGCCCCCGUUCCCGCCAUUGUCGAUGAGCCCAAUGAGCUCACCGAACCUGCUCCUGCACCAGUCAUCGCAUCCGUGCCCGAGCCUCUCAAUGGGCUGACCCCAUCAGCCCCACCCGCCUCAGCUUCUGUAUCCAUAUCGCCCGUUCAACAAGUCCAAAAGCGGAUCAGAGCUGCAACUAAGAAACUGCAACGAAUUGGCGGUUACGAGAGUAGCACUGUUCCGUUGAACGAAGAUCAAAAACGGGCUAUCGCUUCUAAACCAGCCUUAGAAGCGACCGUCAAAGAAUUGCAAGACUUGUUGAAAAUUCUAGAAGAAGAUGAGAAACUCGAUGAGCUUCGAAUUCAAGCUGUACGAGAAGAAGAGGAACUGAAAGUGCAAGGAAGGGUUGACAGUGCGGUUCUCUCCGAGCAGAAAAAAGCCGAAUCAAAUUUGACAUUCUUGCUGCAAUUCCUGCAUCUGUACUCUCUUGUUAACUCAGCCACUCGGCCAACUGACUCUUUCGCGCCACCUAUCGUCUCACCCGUGAUACAAAACGCUACAGCCCAGGAGCUAGCCGCUGUGAAUGCUCUCUUUCAUCGAUUGGCUGAUGGACCCAUCGCUGGUGGUGAUGGGGACGCCUUUGAUAGUAUCAAUCGGUUUACUCAAGGUCAUACUGGUGACGUCAUCGAGGGUGUUUCAUUCGCAAAGGUCAAGGAGAUGGUUAUCCAGCUCACCGCAUCUCCUGCAGAGCUAGCGCCAGUGGCUCAGAUCCCACCAUCCAACCAAGACCAGUUGAAAGUUGAAGAGGAGGUCGCACCAGUCAAUUCAUCUGCACCACUUGGAAACAUGAUGUUUUUACAACAAUCUGAAGUCUUGCCACCCGUGGGAUCUACUGCCGGUGAAGAUCAAACUCCGGCAGCUGUGCCUGACCCCUCACCUCCCACCUCCCACCCAGUGCCGAUCGUGGAGAAGGAGCCGAUCAUCGACCAUGUGGCAAGGAACAAGCAGCUGCUCGAACAAGCGACGAUCGUUACACCAGAACAUCUACCAUCAAGUAUGAAGGAUUGGACCGCAGGUGAACAAUCCCAACCCUCGGUACAGCUGCAGGCAGCGCCAGCAGCUUCCCAGGACUGGAACACCGCCCCGGAGCACUUGAGCGCCACUCAAGCCGAAGUAGUUGCGAGGACGAUCGACUGGGCGGAAGAUGUGCAAGGUCAAGGCGAGGGUCAGCCCAACCAUCUGGCCACGAACUUUACGCCGGCCCCACCACCCCCACCGCCACAAUCGCAUCUCCCAGGAGAUCUCGGCUCAGGUCAGCUACCACUAGGUCCACCCCACCACCACAUGAACAAUCCACGAGGUCACUUCCGUGGUCGGGGAGGAUAUCGAGGUGGCCCGGGGAUGCCCCGGGGAGGAGCCAACCACGACGGAUAUCGAGGUGGACGGGGAUGGUAUAGGGGUAAUCCUGGAGGAUACCGGGGUGGUCGGGAGGGGCCGCCUCCGAUGGAGAUGAAUGGCUGGCGACCGGGUCCUGGGGGUCCGCCAGAGGCCAAUGGAGGAUAUCGACCUCGGGCAGAUUACCCUGGUGGCAGAUAUGGUGGACAUCGUGGUGGACCUCGGGGAGGCAAUGCGUUCCAUCGCCCUCCUCCACCGCCCUCGCAAGUCUAUCAUCCCGAAGUUGCAGCUGGUCCGGGUGGCAACAUGUAUUAGUUCUAUCUCAAGCCCUGGCUAUGAUGAGUAGGGAGUCGGAGCAAGCAUGAUGGAAUUCACUCUCUUUGAGCUACCCGCCUUUCGCCCAUCCGCCCCCCCCGCCCCCCAUCCCAAGCCGCCCUAAUGAAUUGUUAUACAUAGUAUGCUCACUCUAAGCCAAUAUGUCUUGUCCAGUCUCUCUUCGAUCCUAUCCUGCAGCCCGCUCCCUCCCUCCCUCCAAUGUAUAUCCAUGUUUCUCACUUUGAGCGGUUGAGGUGAAAUCUUAAGAUCUGAGAAGCCC